AUGAGCUAUCAUCGUGGUUACGACCUGUUGGCUAGUGCAUCCAUAGUGUCUCGCGGUGGAAUGGUCAGAGACUUGACAAGAGACGGGCAGACAAGAAGUGGUACUAGCAAAGCUGGAGUAUACACCUCGGUUCGUGCCCAGUGCUGGCGGGACACUCGGGCACGAGACGGGUGUUUGCAGAAUGAAUUGGCGUGUGUGAUAGAGGGGGCGGGCGGCAAAGUGGAGCAGAUUCCGAUGUGGAUGCCGCCGGCGAUCAGCAGCCUUUGCGAGAUCAGAGAGGAGAUCAACAAGGAGGAAGAUGGUGAUCUCCCUCCCAUCAUCCUGCUGACACCCGCCCGAGCCGGUCCCGGGCCCGCAGAGGGGACAGCGGAGCCCGGGAUGGAAGAGAUCAGAGAGGAGAUCAACAAGGAGGAAGAUGGUGAUCUCCCUCCCAUCAUCCUGCUGACACCCGCCCGAGCCGGUCCCGGGCCCGCAGAGGGGACAGCGGAGCCCGGGAUGGAAGUUGAGUACAGCGACACGGAGGUGCUCGCAGAAGUGAGCGAUAGUAAGUCGUGGGGAGAUUUGUCGUCUGACACUGAUCUGGCAAGUGACAACGGCGAUGAUCCUGCACCUGACCUCAACGAUGUGCGCACUUGGUGCCCUAUUGAUUGCGAUACGGACCAGGUAGCGCCCCCAAGAUUCCCGUUCACUGGAUCACCUGGGAUGAAGGUAGAUGUUGAGCGUGACAACCCUCUGGCAUACCUGCAAUUAUUCCUCACUGAGGAGGUAAUUGAAAAAAUUGUCACGGAGACAAAUCGCUACCAAGAGCAGCAAUCCGCUACGCUGCAUGCCAGGUUUUCCAGAAGCAGAAAGUGGGAACCGGUGACCAAAGAGGACAUCUGGCAGUUUCUGGGACUCAUCAUUCUUCAGGGGGUGGUGGGGAAACCGCUCCAGAAAUGGUACUGGACCACCAAUAAGUUACUGGCCACUCCGUUUUUUGGCACCGUGAUGUCAGAAUACCGGUUUUCCCUCAUCAUGAAGUAUUUCCACUUCACGAACAAUGAAGAAUUUAAUGAGGCCACGCAUCCUGCGCCCAAACUAAAACAAAUCUGGGAGGUAUGCCAAAUGAUUGUGACCAAUUUCCAGCGGACCUACGUGCCAGAAAGGGACGUCAGCGUGGAUGAAAGUUUGAUGGCCUACAAGGGACGCCUAAGCUGGAUACAGUACAUUGCAUCCAAAAGAGUGCGGUUUGGCAUCAAAUCCUAUAUGCUCUGCGAGUCAUCCACUGGGUACAUCUGGAAUUCGGUCAUUUACACCGGUAAAGGCACGAAGUUCAACCCCAGGUACAGCGGCUAUGGGAUGGCCACAUCAUCUGUCCUUACACUGCUGGAGCCAUUGCUGAACCAGGGAUAUUGUGUGACCACGGACAAUUUCUACACGUCUCCGGAACUGUAUGAGGUUUUGCUACAAAACAAGACGGAUGCAUAUGGUACCGUUAGGCCUAACCGACGUGACAUGCCAUCUAUGUUUGCCAAGAAAAAACUAAAAACCGGAGAAAUGGUUGCCUGGCAGAAGGGUAAGAUGAUGGCAAUGCGAUGGCGAGACAAGAAGGACGUGUGUCUUAUGAGUUCUGUGCACAAUACCUCCACUGCCAUGGUCCACACAAAAGGUGGGAAAGAUGUGCUGAAGCCGCAAGUCGUGAUAGACUAUAACAACACAAUGGGAGGUGUCGACAGAGCCGAUCAGGCAAUGACAUUUUAUCCGGCUAUGCGCAAACAACAAAAAAAAUAUUAUAAGAAGAUCUUCAGGCAUCUUCUGGAACAAUGCCUUUGGAAUGCAUAUAUCCUGCACAGAGCAAAGAUUGACAAGCCUCUUGUUCAUUCUGACUUUAUCUGGAAGGUGGCUGAGCGGAUUUUUCUCAACUACCAGACGCCAUCAGUAGCUGUGAACAGACCUGGACGUCGUGCUGUUGACGUUGUCAAUCCAGAACGCCUGACUGGUCGUCACUUUAUGGACUACAUUCCGCCAACCGCAAAAAAGGCAGCACCUACCAGGAUGUGCGUAGUUUGCUGCUCAAAGAGAGAUGGCAAUGGAAAGAAAGUCCGAAAAGAAACCAGGUUCCAUUACAAUCGCACAUGCAAAGACGGGGAUUUAAUUCCAGCAAUCACAAAAGCCAAACUGCGAGAAAAAAUCCUACCCAUGGGCAUAAUCUUGGAAGAAAAAGCCAAGAGCAGAAGCAAGGAUUUAAUUUCCCUCACCAUAGCCUUCUCCUUCCCAAGCAGCAAAGACAGGGCCAAACAGCUGAAGGUGUCAGGAACGAUCCAGAAGGCAGAGGAGGAUGAACAGCAGCAGAAGGCAAGGCAGAACUCAGGCGGUCAGUCACAGAAAAGGCAUUGGGUAUAUCCAGAGGCGGCAAGGAACACAGGCAGGAAAGUAGCCAUUCUUCACCUCCCUCUGCGGAGGCAUGACGGAGCACUUCUUGAAACAAUGGAUCCAUCUUCACAGCAAGUUGAGUUGAAGAAGAUUACUGCUGAGGAGAGCUUCUGA